ACUAUUAUUUCAGUCAAAGUAUUUUUUACAUAUUAUAUUGCCUCCUGUCUCUUUUGCAUAGACACUAAUGAAAUUAUAUGAUAAUUAUUGUGGACAGAAAACAUAAACCCUUGCACAAAAAUACCUUUUAUCAGCCUGUCAUCUGUAUGUCAUGUAACUGUUCACUCAUCAUCGCAAAAGAGACCCAUAGAAUCAUGAAGCAAUUGAAGGCCAAAUGUAUUCGUUAGAUUUUAUUAGAUUUUCAUCCAUUGUUUAAACACUGUAAUGGGACAUCAUUAAAGAUUUAUAUUUUUUAGUACAAUUACAACACUGUUUUACAAUGAAUAACACCAUCAUGAUGAUGAUGUUACAGUAUGUAGUGUGGUUCUUCUUUGUAACAUGGAGACAACAUAAUCAUGAUAAUGAUAAAGACUUUGGGUUCUUAAGUGGGAAGUAUUGAACACUUAUCUGCUUUAAUCAUGAGGCUUUAUUUUGAAGGAAAGUUUGUUGGAAAAACUGUUUUUCUCUUUUAUCAGUGAAUCAUCAUGGAAUCUGGAUGCAUCUCCUGUACCGUGACAAUCGAGGAGCUGACAUCCACUGGGGAUGUCAUCAAGAAAACUCAACACAGAAACAUCAUGCUCGUCCUUGGUCGAGACCAGUUUUCUGAAAUGAUUCUUAAACUCAGUUACAGCAAGAAAGAAGUCAAAUACCCCAUUCGUGAAUUAGUAAUCCACAAGAAGUUUGUAAAAGACGGCAAAGCUACCAUCAAACUGCCAGAUCAUAAACUUCAAUUUCUUUUAAGUAAUUGCCCGCCGGACAAACUCAUAAUGUUCCUGAAAACAAUGCAUACAAAAUUAGAAUGUCUACGUCAAAAAGGUUUUAUGAGUAUGCGCAAGAAAUUUUUAUCUGAUGUUCCCAAAUCAUUUCAAGACAUUAGUCCAUUGACGAUUAAAGAUCUACAAACAGUUCACUCUGCAAAAGCUAAACUUGAACAAAGUAAACUAGCAGCACCAACACAGAAAUCAACGGUGACAGGGAAGAGGAAACGUGUUGAUGAGAAAGAAAAUGUGACUGAGUCUCAGAUGACAAUGCAAGCUAAGAGGGCUAAGAGCUUAGCAAUGAUGUCACCAUCUAGAGUUGUGAACCCACUGAAACUUAGCAAGGAACAGAACACUGUUCUGGAAGCUGUUCUCAGAAAAAGGAAUGUGUUCUUUACAGGCAGUGCUGGGACUGGCAAAUCUUUCCUGUUGAAGAGAAUAAUAGGAGCUCUGCCACCUCAGCACACAUUCGCCACAGCCAGUACUGGUGUCGCAGCCUGCCAUAUAGGAGGGACAACUUUACACGCAUUUGCAGGUAUUGGUUCAGGAAGAGCCGCCCUACAACAGUGUGUGGAGCUUGCAUCUCGUCCCCAGGUGGCGCAGCAGUGGAAGAAAUGCCACCAUCUUAUCAUUGAUGAAAUAUCUAUGGUGGAUGGGGACUUCUUUGACAAGCUGGAAACAGUUGCCAGAGUUAUGCGUCAGACAGAUGAACCAUUCGGCGGGAUCCAGCUGAUAGUGUGUGGAGACUUCCUGCAACUGCCGCCGGUCAUCAAAGAUCAGGCGGUCAAGAGGAAGUUCUGUUUCCAGUCAAGGGCGUGGCAGAAGUGUAUGCAUGUCAACCUGGAACUCAGUGAGGUGCGGAGACAGUCCGACAGACACUUCAUCAACGUGCUGCAGAACAUCAGAAUUGGCAGAUGUUCUGAUGAUGUUCAGAACACGCUGAAGGCAACUGCCCGCCACAAUAUCCAGAAAGAUGGUAUCCUAGCAACCAGACUGUGUACACACAAGGAGGAUGUGGAACAACUCAACAACCAUCACCUGCAGAAGCUGACUGGUGAGAGUCGUAUGUUUCACGCAACAGACACCGACCCAGUGUACAGCAAACAGAUCAACAACCUCUGUCCGGUGCCAGACAAACUGCUGCUGAGGCUGGGGGCACAGGUGAUGCUGGCAAAGAAUAUGGAAGUGCAGAGAGGGUUGGUGAACGGAGCUCGCGGUGUCAUCACUGGCUUCGAGAACAGUAGUGAUGGAUUCCCCCGUGUGAAGUUCGCCUGUGGCCUGGAGGAAGUGAUCAAGCCUGUACGCUGGGCCAUGAAGGCUGGCAGUGGGGUGGUCCUCAUGCGGAAACAGGUUCCCCUCAAACUGGCCUGGGCCAUCUCUAUACACAAGAGUCAGGGCAUGACGCUGGACUGUGUGGAGAUCUCACUGGCCAGGGUGUUCGAGGCCGGCCAGGCGUAUGUGGCGUUAUCCCGGGCCAAGAGCCUGGAGGGCCUGCGAGUGCUGGACUUUGACCGCAGCUGUGUGCGGGCCAAUACUGAGGUGUUGCGCUUCUACCACAAGCUGCAGCUGUCGCAGAAGAUGCUGCAGACAAGCAUGGGGGACUAUGUUGCUGCAGAUGCACCCCUCCCACCCAGUCACUGGUAGACAUGCUUGUGCAACAGACAAUCAUGAACAGACAAUCAUGAAGAGAAACAGAAAUCUCCCCCUCGACAAUCGGCACCCUCUGACAUCAGCCUCUCCUACUAUGGAAGGGUUAACCACAUGGGUUAAGUCUCAUGGUUUUCACAUUAUCUCUGCAGUGUUCAGAAGUCAGAGGAAAUAAGCAUUAUUUUUAUGACAAAGGCUUCAACUGAAGUACCUUUUAUACUCUUUGACAGUGUUUAUCUGAAAGAUAAGGAAGUUAAUUUUGUCAGGGUCUGUAGCAAGGACAAGGGACAGAACUCUGCAUAUAUCAUACAAUCAGCUUCAACAACAAAUUCAGUUUUUGCAUAACGUUUUUGCUGUACUGACCAAUGCAGGAAAAUAAGGUGAAAAUGUGGAUUUUUAUAAAUAUCCCUCAUCCUUCAAAUAAAACAUAUUUGCCUCUUCUAACCAUGGUUGAGAGCGAUGGAGGGAGAGACUAGAAACAUUGUAUCAGGUGAUAUUUGGCAACAGUUGACAAAAAUGUCAAGUAAAUAGGCUAAAGUGAUCUUUAUACUAAAAUAUGCAAUUGUUCUUUAAAAAAACCCAGUCAUUUGAAGAGUUACAUCACUCAGGGUGAUCUCUGAUUGAUCAUUCAAGUUGAUUCAACCCUUUAGUGAUAACUGUCCUUUCAACCUUGUUGCAACAUAAGGCUGACUUGUCCUCAAGUAUGUGUUAAAAGUACUCUCACUCACUCACUCACUUCUUUGUACUCUGUAGAAACAAAACAAAACAAAACAAUCAUUCUGGGUGCAAUUCUAAGAA